AGAAAUUAUUGCCAAGAAGCUAUCACAAUCACGGGAUAUCCGAUCGCGAAUAUUCGAGUGAGUGGUGCAAUCAGUUGCUAGCAGGGAGCUAAAUUCUUGCAGUAACUGAGUGUUUACAAAUCGGUUGUAUCAAGGAACAGUGUUGGUUAGUCGAGGCACAUAACCUCUAACAUUUUCAAGAUUUUAAAAGUUCAUAGUGAAUACAUGUAACAAAGCACAGAUGGAAAGCAGAGAAAACACAGUUAGGGUGAAGGAAGAGCCGAACGAUACUUGGACCGAUGCAGACGACGAUUAUAUUCAUGAUUCAGUGGAUUCUUGUGAAGUAAAACACUUUGAUAAAUUGCCAUUCUACGAAUUAUCGGUAAAUCCCAUAACUGAGGUUACGUCGUUAAAAGAAAAAUUAAGUGACAAAAUAUUCGUAGAUUUUAAAUGCAAAAAUGCUCAAUCUGAACCAACGUCUCUUUCGACAAACACCUGCAAAUCUAAGGGACAAAAUUUUCCAUCCGUUGUGAAAAUUGAAAAAGAAAACCAUAUUAUUCACGAGAAUGAAAGUAUAUUCAUUGAUAUUGAGUGCAAAGAUGUGAAACUUGAACCGAAGUCUGCGACAACCAUCAUCAGCAAAACGGAGUAUCAAAGUUAUUCAUCUAUUGUGAAAAUUGAAAACCAAGUUCAGACUAGUAAUUUGAAAGAUAAAGAUCUUAUAAUUUUGAUUAAAAAACAGUUCGAUUAUGAUAAUAAUUGCCGAUUUCAAGUAAAUCCCCCAUUGAAGUUUGGAGAAUUGAAAGAUGUGAAAAAAUUACGCGAAACAUUUGAAACCAAAUUAUCUUAUGAUUAUAAAAUAAGCCGAAAAACAUAUAAAGGAGAAAUGAGUAUAAAAAGACAGGUCAACGAAGCUCACAAGAUUAAUAGACCAUAUAAUUGUGAUAUUAGUCAGAAAUCAUUUGAAUAUAAAAGUAAUCUCAACAAGGACAUAAAUACAGUACAUAAUCAUAUCAAAUCCUUCGAAUGUCAUAUUUGUCUCAAAUCAUUACGAUACAAAAAUACGGUCACCUUAAAAUUCACAUAA